CCGGCAGUUCUCGCGAGGCUUCGCAGUUCUCGCCGUCGAAGGCGGGCUGGAGCGGCCGUCUACGGGGGCCGCGAAGGAGGGGGCGCGCCGGUCCCGUGUCCCUCCCCGUACCCCGUAGUUCCCCUUCCCCUGGUGCCCCCCUGAGCCCCGCAGGCUGCGCCAUGGGCUUCCUCAAGCUGAUCGAGAUCGAGAACUUCAAAUCAUACAAAGGGCGGCAGAUCAUCGGGCCCUUCCGGCGCUUCACGGCCAUCAUCGGGCCCAAUGGAUCCGGCAAGUCAAAUCUCAUAUGGAUGCCAUCAACCGUUAUGGCGAAGACCAGCAAUCUGAGGGUGAAGACCCUCGCGGGACCUGAUCCACGGGGCUCCCGGAAACUUCCUUUGGGUACCAAGUCCUGUCUGGAAUGUGACAUCUUUGAAGCAGACCCCAUAGUGUUCACCUGGACACUUCCCCGUUCUUUGUCCGCGCCAGCUUUCAAGUGCACCAUCUUAGUCAAGUCGGGGAACAACAAGCAGCAGCUGCCUUCUUGGCAGGACCCUCAUUACUGCCGGACCGCGUACCCCAUGUAUAUGUCCCAGUCCGACCUCGCGGACCGGUACCAGCGCCUGAAGGACGAGGUGGUGCGGGCUCAGACAGGGCUGGGGGGCUCGAAGAACAAGGAGAUCGACAAGGACAAGAAGCGGAUGGACAAGGUCGAAGACGAGCUGAAGGACCGGAAGAAGGAGCUGGGCAAGGUGAUGCGGGAACAGCAGCAGAUCGAGAAGGAGAUCAAGGAAAAGGACUCUGAGCUGAAUCAGAAGCGCCCCCAAUACAUCAAAGCCAAAGAGAACACGUCUCACAAGAUCAAGAAACUGGAAGCCGCAAAGAAGUCCCUGCAGAACGCCCAGAAGCAGUACAAGAAGCGCAAGGGGGACAUGGACGAGCUGGAGAAGGAGAUGCUGUCCGUCGAGAAGGCGAGGCAGGAGUUUGAGGAGCGCAUGGAAGAGGAGAGCCAGAGCCAGGGACGGGACCUCACGCUGGAGGAGAACCAGGUGAAGAAAUACCACCGUUUGAAGGAAGAGGCCAGCAAGAGAGCCGCCACCUUGGCCCAGGAGUUGGAGAAGUUCAAUCGAGAUCAGAAAGCAGAUCAGGACCGACUGGAUCUGGAGGAGAGAAAGAAAGUAGAAACGGAGGCCAAGAUAAAACAGAAGCUGCGAGAGAUCGAGGAAAACCAGAAGCGGAUCGAGAAGCUGGAGGAAUAUAUUGCCACUAGCAAGCAGUCGUUGGAAGAGCAGAAGAAGCUGGAGGGGGAGCUGACCGAGGAGGUGGAGAUGGCCAAGCGCCGCAUCGAUGAGAUCAACAAGGAGCUGAACCAAGUGAUGGAGCAGCUGGGCGACGCCCGCAUCGACCGGCAGGAGAACAGCAGGCAGCAGCGCAAGGCGGAGAUCAUGGAGAGCAUCAAGCGCCUCUACCCUGGCUCCGUGUACGGGCGUCUCAUCGACCUCUGCCAGCCCACGCAGAAGAAAUACCAGAUCGCUGUCACCAAGGUACUGGGCAAGAACAUGGAUGCCAUCAUUGUGGACUCGGAGAAGACGGGCCGGGACUGCAUUCAGUACAUCAAAGAGCAGCGAGGGGAGCCCGAGACCUUUCUGCCGCUUGACUACUUGGAGGUGAAGCCCACGGACGAGAAGCUGCGGGAGUUGAAAGGGGCCAAGCUGGUGAUCGACGUGAUCCGCUACGAACCCCCUCACAUCAAGAAAGCCCUGCAGUAUGCCUGCGGCAAUGCGCUGGUGUGCGACAACGUGGAGGACGCCCGCCGUAUCGCCUUUGGCGGACACCAGCGUCACAAGACCGUUGCCCUGGAUGGAACUCUUUUCCAGAAGUCAGGGGUGAUCUCUGGAGGAGCCAGCGAUUUGAAAGCCAAGGCCAGACGGUGGGACGAAAAAGCGGUGGACAAGCUAAAGGAGAAAAAGGAGAAGCUGACGGAAGAGCUGAAGGAGCAAAUGAAAGCCAAGAGGAAGGAGGCGGAGCUGCGGCAGGUCCAGUCCCAGGCCCACGGGUUGCAGAUGCGCCUGAAAUACUCCCAGAGCGACUUGGAGCAAACGAAGACCCGUCACCUCGCUCUCAACCUCCAGGAAAAGUCCAAGCUGGAAAGCGAACUGGCCAACUUCGGGCCCCGCAUCAACGACAUCAAACGCAUCAUCCAGGGGAGAGAGCGGGAGAUGAAGGAUCUGAAGGAGAAGAUGAACCAGGUGGAAGACGAAGUAUUUGAGGAGUUCUGCCGGGAGAUCGGGGUGAGGAAUAUCCGGGAGUUUGAGGAGGAGAAGGUGAAGCGUCAGAACGAGAUUGCCAAGAAAAGGUUGGAGUUUGAGAACCAGAAGACGCGCCUGGGCAUCCAGUUGGACUUUGAGAAAAACCAGCUGAAGGAAGAUCAGGACAAAGUCCAUAUGUGGGAACAGACGGUCAAGAAGGAUGAUACUGAGAUAGAGAAACUCAAGAAGGAGGAGCAGCGGCACAUGAAGAUCAUCGACGAGACCAUGGCGCAGCUGCAAGACCUGAAGAACCAGCACCUGGCCAAGAAGUCGGAGGUGAACGACAAGAACCACGAGAUGGAAGAGAUCCGCAAGAAACUGGGGGGCGCCAACAAGGAGAUGACCCACUUGCAGAAGGAGGUGACGGCCAUCGAGACCAAGCUGGAACAGAAGCGCAGCGACCGCCACAACCUCCUUCAGGCCUGCAAGAUGCAGGACAUCAAACUCCCCCUUUCCAAGGGCACCAUGGAUGACAUCAGUCAGGAAGAUGUAAGGAGGAGGGAUGAGACUGAAGCUAGCCAGCAGUUCAGCAGAGAGACCUCCCACGAUGAUAUAUAAGCGCCCAUUGAAGCUUCUCAUCAGAGGAUGGACUACAGCGACCUCUCCGAGGACAUGAGGGACGUCCAGGCGGAAGACGAGAUCAAGGUGGAGAUGAACCAGCUGCAGCAGAAGCUGAACGAGCAGCAGAGCAUUUUGCAGCGCAUCGCGGCCCCGAACAUGAAGGCCAUGGAGAAGCUGGAGAGCGUCCGCGACAAGUUCCAGGAGACCUCCGACGCACUUGAAGCAGCCCGGAACGCUAAGAGCCAGAAAUGGCUUGAGCCGCCUUUGAGCAGAUCAAAGAAAGAAGCAGCCAAUCGCUUCAGCGCUUGCCGAAAGUCGGUGGCUACCAACAUCGACGAGAUCUACAAAGCCCUGUCGCGCAACAGCAGCGCCCAGGCCUUUCUGGGUCCGGAAAAUCCAGAGGAGCCCUACCUGGAUGGCAUCAAUUACAACUGCGUGGCCCCCGGCAAGCGUUUUCGGCCCAUGGACAACCUGUCUGGAGGAGAGAAGACCGUGGCAGCCUUAGCUUUGCUCUUUGCCAUUCACAGCUACAAACCUGCCCCAUUCUUUGUCUUGGACGAGAUCGAUGCAGCUUUGGACAACACCAACAUUGGGAAGGUGGCCAACUACAUCAAGGAGCAAUCCACCUGCAACUUCCAGGCCAUCGUAAUUUCUUUGAAGGAGGAGUUCUACACCAAGGCGGAGAGUCUCAUUGGUGUCUACCCUGAGCAAGGAGACUGUGUCAUCAGUAAAGUCCUGACCUUUGAUCUCACGAAGUACCCUGAUGCCAACCCCAAUCCAGGUGACCAGUAGAGAAGCAAGAGACCAGACGACUGCCCAGCGAAUUCCCACCCCCUUUUUCUCUUUCCUCCCUUUCUGCCUCCUGCAGGCCUGACCUCUUUCUCCUGCCUUUAUUUAUCCUGCAACUUUUUAGUGUUUGUAUUUUUUAAAACGUGUGUGCCGGGGCAGGGAAGAGAAAGAAGUCCCUGGACAACAGCCAAGGCACACGAGGAAUUAUUUGUAUAGGACCAAAAUUAUGGCGAAUUCACGAGGAUUCCUCUCUUGUGUAGAGCUCCUCAGUAGAUGGCUGCAAACCUUGAUAUUUUUUUUUCUAGCCUGGUAUCAUACGAAUGUGUAUUUUGUGUGUGAUUUGAAAUUAAAAUCUGUUACCUUCCA